UACAUUGACAAUGACAUUUUAACUUGACAUAAAAUGGCAUCAUAUCAUAAACAAAAAAGUGAGCUAAAAGAAUAAUAUUUAUUUCUUUAAUUUUCCAUAUUCUCUUUCUUAAAAGCUGAAGAUAAUUUCGAGAAUAUUAAGAUGGGAGGCUGCAGAUGCACCUAUAAAAACUGUCAAAGUUCUACUAAAACCACUGAAAAUGUACAUUUCUUUCACUAUCCAGUUAAACAUCCUGAAAGAUGUAGAAUAUGGAUUGAAAAUGCAAAUAAACCACAUUUUUUUGACUUGGAAGAGGACCAACUGAAAAAUAAAGUAAUAUGUGAGAAUCAUUUUGAAGACAAAUGGUUCCCAAAUCAUCAAAAAAAGCGUUUGCUACAAGGUGCUGUACCUACUCUAGAUAUAGGUUGUGAGGAGGAAGUAACACAAUCUGGAAUAUACAUUUCCACAGGUAUGCAUGAUGUUGCUCUAUUACCAGCUAGUUCAGAUGGGUCACUUUUUAUUUUGGACACUGACUCAAUAUAUCAUAAAUCUCCUAAUAUAGAAACAUAUGUGUACAAAAAUGGUACGAUAGUUCCUUCCACACCUGUAGUACAAUUAAAGCAGGAAAUUAAACAUGUAGGUACUAGAUCUUCUGCAAGUAAUAAAACACUAAACAAUAAUAGAACAUUAUCCAAUAUAGUUAAGCAAACUACACCCAGCUUUCUCAAUCAAACCAUUCUUAACAACAGUGCUCUUGAUGAUUCUCUCGAUAAUAAAGUUAUAGUUAAGGAUGAACUAUUGCCAAGUUCUUCCUUUUGCAAUACUUUGAAUUCAGGGUUGAGGCUACCACAAUACAACAAUAUUGAAGAAUCGAUGCAGGACCCCUUGGCGUUUGAUGAAUCUACUCAUGUACCAUCAUUAAAUGAACCGGAAAAACCACCUGUAAGGAUGUUUGGUAUAAAGAACCCUGCUAUUAGCAAAUCUUUUCCAGAAAAGUCAAACUUAGCUAAAACUUAUUUGAGAAAAAUUCAACAACAUAGUAGGGAUAUUGCUUGCAUUAAAAAGAUGCUGAGACACAAAACGAAUGCACCUCCUAAGCCAGACAUUGACGCAGUGUUAAACCUUCUAAAAGAAAGGCUUCCUCCUUCAUUGUAUUUGCUAAAUAGGUUGCACUUAACCGAUGAAAAUGAAUUGUCACAAGAAGAUAUAGACUUCUUAACAACAAUGCAAAAGAUGUCUCCAGACCUUUAUCAACAUUUACAAGAAAAAUAUAAAUGGGAAUUACCAAUUGUAGACAUAAUAGACUAGGUGUAGUUUUAACAAUAAUUGUUAUUGGUAAGUAAUACAGUUAAAAUUCCUUAAAAAUCUCUACCAAAGUGAGCAAAUUGAAAGAAAGUCCAGUUAUUCCACUUUUCAUUUAAAUUCAUUAUUAAGUAUUCUUUUUUUUUGUUAAUCUGUUCGGUACCAAGCGGGACAUAAGUUUCGUCCUCACAGACCACAGCUUUUUAAAUUGCCAUUAUGUGCAGUACAAUCCACAGCUCACGAGUGAGACGUUGGUCUAUGGGAAAAAUCGAUGUGGCUCAUAUAUGAGUCACUAUAGUAGGGAACAUAAAUAUAAAUGCAUUAGCAAUAAUCAGUUAUCAACUAUUGCUUUUUAUUUCUCUGUCUAUUGCUUAUUGUUAGCUGCUAUUGGGAUGGUGAGUAGCAUCUCACUAGCUCUAGCUAGGAAUUCUGACCUUUUAUUCUGGUCGUUUUGAGUACCUACUAUAUGCAGAUACCUGUUCCAUGUAUAGUUCUUCCAUUCUAUCUUUGCCCAUACAUGAAAUUAUUCAGAAAUUACUUUUUAUACUAGGUCUCGUUUUUACUCAUAGAAACUAGUAUUGCAAAAUUAAACUGCUUGUCCAUAGAAACGACAAUAAGUUAAACAAGGAUAAAAAAUAUGGCAUGUGUUUGAUACCUUGCUUACUAUGAAUUUUUACGUUUAUCAUUUGCAGUGACAAUGGCAUUAGCGCAUUUGUUGUUUUUAUUGGAAUUUAUAGCUUAUAUUGUGUUUAUUUUAUACAGUUAUAUUGUAUUACAUAUAUUGUGUUAAAUAUAUUACGUAUUAUACAUUAUACAGUUAACAUCUACCCUGCCACGUUGGUCUCGUGGGACCAACACUUUUUGAUUUAUUUAUUUUUUAAUGGUACUUUUAAAUGGACACUAAGAGAACAAUGUGGCCUAGAAGAUAUAUAUGAAGAAUAGAUUCUUAAAUACUUAUACAUUAAUUUUGACGACAUAACCAAGUGACAAGUUUCUAUAUACAAAAAACUAUUUAUAUGGUGGCUUUUUGAGGCACUUACAGGGUGAUUGAUUAGUGGGGUAAAGCUCAGUAGAUCCGCAAUAGUAAUAGAUAACAAUAAAAGUUAAUAACAAAAUUUAGCUUUAACACAUUUUAGCCACCUUUGAGCUUCAUAUUACAAAAUUAGUUAGAAUGUUACAGGGUGUUCGAUAACACAGUGGCAGACCAAACUUAUGUUUUUUUAAGUGGAACACCUUAUAUUUUAUUUUAUAUUCGAAAUCCUGUUAACUUCUUCAUCACAAAAAUAUAAAGGUUUGUUAUGUUAUAUGGGGUAUUUACAAAGUUAUAACCAAUUUUAUAUGAAAAUCGUAACAAGGUCAACUCCCUGUAUAAAUAAAAAUAAACAAAACAGCAACGGUUUAUUAAUGCCAUAUUUUUUUACAUAAUAUUGUCAAAAUUUUCAAGAAUGAUUGAUAUUGCUAAUUUUCUUUAUAUCAAAUACACGGUGAGUCAAAACGCAAGUACAUUAUUUUCUCAGUAAUUUUAAAUGGAACACCCUGUAUUUUAUAUCACUAUUGAAAAGUACCAUUACCGUACUUUAAUUUUUGAUAACAUUCCCUAUGUCUAAAUUUAUUAGUUUUCUAGAUAUUUUCAUUUUUCAAUGGACCAGUAGCGUGGCCACCCAAAUCACCAGAAUUUAAAAAACUGGACUGAUUUUUUUGGGGUUACGUUAAUAAUGAAGUUUAUAAAAUACCUCCAACAACGGGUGAGAUGAAAAAUAGUAUACAAAGUGUAUUUCGAUGUGUUAAUUUACAAAUGCUUCGUAGAGUAAGUAGCUCAUUCAAUUAUCGUUUUUAGGCGUGCAUAAAUGUGUUAGGAGGUAAUUUUAAACACCUUAUGUAAUUAAAUAUUAAAAAUAUUUUAUUAAAAGUAGGUUCUAAUUUUUUCAAACAUGUUUUUUUUGCAAAAUGUAUUACUGAUCAAUUAUUUUUUCUUUAUUUGUUACAUUGUUUCAUUUACAUACAAAAGUAGUGUUUAAUUGUCUUCACAAAAUGUAUUUUGUGUUUGUGUGUUUUUUGUAGAAUUUAUUACUAAUUUUCUUUCUUUAUUUGUUACAUUUACAUAAAAAAGUAGUUUUUAAUUGUUUCAAAGAUGUUGCAUAUUGUGGUUGUGUUCUUUUGGUGAAAUGUAUUACUAAUAAAUUAUUUUUAUUUCUUUAUUUGCUACAUUGUUACAUUGAUUACCGGAUUGAUAAUCAGUAAUCGUCAAUUGUCAAUUCAGUCAUUGCUUACUUAAAAUUUAGAUAAAUUUAGACACCUAAAAUAAUUUGCUCUGAAAAAUGAAAAUAUCUCGAAAACUAAUAAAUUUGGACAUAGGAAAUGUUAUAUAAAAAUUAAAGUACGGUAAUGUUACUUUUCAAUAGUAUAAAAAAUAAAAUUAAAUUCCAUUUAACAUUACUGAGAAAAUAAUGUACUUGCGUUUAGACUCACCCUGUAUUUCAUAUAAAGAAAAAUAGUAAUGUCAAUAAUUCCUGAAAAUUUUGACAAUAAAUAAAAAAAUAUGGUAUUAAUACACCAUUGCUGUUGUGCUUAUUUUUAUUUAUACAGGGAAUUGAACUUGUUACGAUUUUCAUACAAAAUUAGUUAUAACUUUGUAAAUACCCUGUACAACAUAACAAACCUUUAUAUUUUUGUGAUGGAGAAGUUAGCAGGAUUUUAAUUAUAAAAUAAAAUAUAGAGUGUUCCAUUUAAAAAAAACAUAAGUUUGGUCUGCCACUCUGUUAUCGAACCACCUGUUACAUUCUAACUAAUUUUGUAAUGUGAAGCUCAAAAUUGGCUACAAUUAUUGUUAAUAAUUUUUAUUACUAUAGCGGAUCUAUUGAGCUUUACUCCACUAAUCAAUCACCCUGUAUAUGAAAAUAUGGCUGGCAGGGAAUGUGUUAAAUAUAAAUAAUUUAUGUACAAUAUAACUUUAUGAAAUGUCCACCGAUAAUAGCCAUUUUAUAAUUAUUACAUUGACUACAUAUCAAUGAUAUUACAUGUUGACAAAUGUUUCACUUAGGGCCGGUUGUUCGAACGCUAAUCAACAAUGAUCAUUAUUAAAUAUUUAAUUACUGUCACCAAACCUGUCAAUGUCAACUUUGUUUGGGUUGCUGAAAACAUAAUUAAUUACAAUUAUGAGAUUUAUUAUUAAUUAUGUUAAUAAUUAUUGUUAUAUUAAUUGAUUAUAGUCUCAGAAUUGUAAUUAAUUAUGUUUUGACAACCCAAACAAAGUUGACAUUGACAGUAAUUAAUUAUUUGAUAAUGAUCAUUGUUGAUUAGCGUUCGAACAACCGGCCCUUAAUGUUUUGAUUUAACCUGUUUGAAAAUGAAUUAUGACGUUUGGGCAAAGAUAAAAUCGAAUAUUACAGAAUACAGUGGACCGUCUUAGAAUGAAACACAUUUAUUAAGCACACAACACAUUACAAUGACUUUAUCGUCAUAUAGAUAGACAGUACACAAAAAUAUCUUUUAUUAUUGUAGUUGGAAAUAAGCCACAAUAUUAGUUCGAAAUUGAGUCUGGUGUUUCGAUUUCCAAUUUGGCAAUAAUAAAUUUUUCCAAUCUGGAAAAAAUAGUAAAUUGUAUAAGGUCCCAUAAGAAUAUAGCUUCAAAACACUAUUAAAAAAAUACAUGAAUAAUGAUUAUGUCAAUAAAGUUCAUACCAAACCAUUCUUUCAGUGCGUCAUUAAUUUUCGUGUCAUAUAGGAUUUUAAGAAUGUCUCGAAUCAUUGCAUCACAUUUUAGUCAAAUCUGACAGUUAUCAGAAUAUUAAUUUACAUUUAUGUAAAUAGCAAUAUUUAUAAUUAACUAUUUAUAUGGGAAAUAAGCCACAAUUAAAUUGAAAAAAUAAUUUUAUUAACGUUUCGACGCCCAAAUCGGGUAUCGUUGUCAAAAUACAAAAUACUACUAAGUAAAUUAAAUAAAAAUGUUGCUAAAUAAAAAAAUUCUUUUAAUAAUUUAUUUAAUCUGACUCAUUUAUAUUGACAAUUCAGACGUAUAUUAUACAUUUUAAAAUAGAAGACUUUAAAAUGAUAUCGCCAAUAUUUAUGAAUUAUUAAAGAUUAAUAUAAUUAAUUAAGAUGAUCCGGGAAAGGUUACAAUUUCACAGGUCAAAUUUAUUUUUUAUGGAACAAGACAUCGUAAGUAUUGAAGAUUUAUUUUAUGGAAUAAUAUCAAAUUCUGAUUUUGACCGAAUUAUUUUUAGUUUACACAUACUUUACGACAAUUCAUAUCAGAAACAAAGAAAUAUACAUUUAAAUAAAUUUAAUAUUAUUUUAGAACAAAAUAGUCUAAAUACCUUUGAUAACCUAAAUAGAAAUAAUGACACAUUAGCGACAGCUGUCAGUCUAUCAAAUAGAGAUUUAAAUGUAUUACAUCCUUAGAGUAUAAUUUUUCCGCCAAGUUAUUCAGCCAUACUCAAAUUUGUAAUGCUGAAAUAAUCGCAAUAAAUAAAGCAGUAUCAAUUUGCAUAGAAAAAAAUAUUAACAAAGCUAUUAUUUUUACAGAUUCUCAAAGUGCUAUCCAGAAAAUUAAUAAUAAAACUUUAAAGAUAGUAAAUGGUUGUUCAGGAAUGACAAAAAGGCUUAUAUUAGAAGCAAAAAAUAUUAAUUUAGAUAUUAUCAUUGCAUGGAUCCCAGGGCAUUCCGGAGUAUUAGGAAAUAUUAAAGCUGGUUCACUUGCUAAUGUAGGUCGUUGUCUCGAUUGUCCAGUAAACAUAAAGGUGGAGAAAGAUGACUAUUUUCCUUUUUUUUUUAAUGUACUGGGAUAAAUUUAAAAAAGAGUGGAAGGAAUCUUUUAAAUAUAAAGGUAUUUGGUAUCAACAGCUACAACCAGUUUUCAAAAAUAGUCCUUGGUAUCUCAAUGUUCCUUAGAUAGAUAGAAGAACUAUUAUCAGAAUGCGUACAGGUCACUGUUUGGUUCCAAAUCACCUAUUUAAAAUGGGGAUAGUAGAACAUCCUUAUUGUGAAUGUGGUCAAUUAGCAGAUUUACAACAUGUGAUUCUUGAAUGCCCUAUUAAUACUGUGCAAAAUUUUGAUUUAUAUAAUGAAUUAGCUAAAAAUAGGUGCCCAACACCCAUAUCCCUUACAACCCUUCUUUAUAAACCGCAGUUGGUUCUUAUUAAACUUUUAAUACAUUUUUUGAAUAUACACAAAAUUAAGUUAUGAGGAAAGUAAAAUAUUGAAAAUAAAUAGAUAACAUAAAUGAAUAUAUAAUAAUAAAUAAUUUGAAAAAUAUGUCAAAAGUACACGUGAAAAUAUAAUUCAUAUAACCGAAUAAUAUAAUCUUUUGUUUCUAUAUAAACAUUCUGUAAUCACCUGGGUCUUUCACUAUACCUAUCUGAGGCAACAACAUGGGAUUGUGUAAUGGUCAGGUGUUGCCCUGUAUAAGAGAAGUUUAUGCCUUUGUUGUUAUUAUUCCAUGCCAACUCAAAAUUGCCUGUAAAAAAGACAUAGAAGAAUAAGAUUGUGUAAUGGUCGGCGCAGUUACCCCUGAGAGAAAAAGUUGUUAUAUUUGUCCCAUGCCAACUCAAAAUUGCCAGUAAACUCAAAAAAGGUAGAAGAAUAAGAUUGUGUAAUGGUCGGCAGUUGCCCCUGAGAGCAAAAGUUUGUGUCUUUGUUGAAUUUGUCACGUGCCAACUCAAAAUUGCCAGUAAACUAAAAAAUAAGUAGAAGAAUAAGAUUGUGUAGUAGUCGGCAGUUGCCCCCGAGAGAAAAAAAGUUUAAUGUUAAAAAAAAAGUUAAGUUGUUGUAUUUGUCCCAUGCCAACUCAAAAUUUCUACUAAAUCAAAGAAGAAAAAGAAGAUUGUUUAUUGAUAGACAGUUGCCCCCUUAGACAAGGAAAGAGAGGUUGCCCCUAGCGUGAAUUUUUUUUAUCUUGUCAUGUUUGUCCCACACCAACCAAAAUUGCUAGUUAACUAAUGAAGAAGAAGAAGAAGAUGAAGAAGAAGAAGCAAAUUGUAUAAUGUACUAACUCCAAAUUGUAAGUGAAUAAGGGAUUUUUCCCUUGUUCCGAGACGAUGAGCUGGCCAAAUACCCAAGUAGGUGAAGGCCAAUAAACUGAAGAAGAAGAAGAAGAAGAAGAGAUUUAAAUGCAACGGAAAAUUGGGUAUUGUCAAAAGGUUUAAACUAUGCUGUUACUCAUCCAUCUAUUCCAAAAUUAGACAUAAUUAGCUCAGUGGAGAAAAUAUCCCAGUGUCUACCAACUCAUGAAAAAGAACAAUAUAGGGUACUAUGUAAACUUGAACUGGAAAAGUCUAGUCAAAUUAAACAGAACAUCAGCAAAGAGGAAAUGAAAGCUUUAAAAACUUUAAGAAAUGAUGACUCCCAUAACAAUCCUACCAGCUGAUAAAGGCAAUGCAACUGUAAUAAUGAAUAAAAUACAAUAUGAGGCCAAAAUUACAGAUCUAAUUACAAAUGGACCUUAUACCAAAUUAAUGAAGGAUCCAACGAAGACACUGGAAAACAAAAUAUGUAGAACUUUAUUCAAAUUUAAAAAUGAUCUAACAUACUAUCAAAGAAAAUUAAUGACACCUCACUACAGUAAGACACCACAUUUUUAGGGAGUGCCGAAAAUUCAUAAAGCUAACAUACCACUUAGACUCAUUUGUAGUACCAUUAAUACUCCUUGUAGUGAACUAUCAAAAUUUUUAUUAAACAUUAUAAAACCAUUUGCUAAUAAUGAUGACACAUUUAUAAAAAAUACAAAACAUUUUUUAAACAAAUUAUCAUCUAUAACUAUUGAAUUUAAUCCAAAUAAUAUUUUAGUAAGUUUUGACAUAAACAGUUUAUUUACAAAUGUGCCAUUAGAUAAAACUUUAAACGUAAUCAAAACGAAAUUAGAGAAUGAUAAUACAUUGACAACUAAGACAAGACUAAGUGUAUCAGCUAUAAUGGAGUUAUUGACAUUAUGUACUAAUAAUACCUAUUUUCAACUAAAUAAUGAAUUCUAUAAAAAAAUUUGGUCUAGCAAUGGGCUCUUCUUUAUCUCCAUUAUUGGCUAAUAUAUUUAUGGAGGAUCUCGAAACUAAUAUCAUUUCUAAAUAAAAUUUAAAACUCACAGUAUGGUGGAGAUAUGUAGAUGAUGUGUUUUCAACUUAGACCAUAAAAACUGAUAGACACGCCUUGUACCCAACCGUUGAAGCAAACACCUUCCGCGAAAGUGACGUCACAAUACGGCAAGAACUCGUUUGGAUUCUUAGCAAAGCACUAAUAAAAUUACCCAAUUUUAGAUUAAUUUUAGUAUAACUUCAAUAUUUUGUAAAAAAUAUGGAAGAAAAAUCAUUUAGCAAAGUAAUUAAUAAAUAUUUUUGACUUAAAGUAAUUUUGUAAAAAUAAAUGUUUUAUUCGAAAGUAUAUCGUUGGUAUAUCUCUUCUUGUUUGAUAAUCAAAAAUAAAUUUAAAGGAGAGUAAUUUUGUUUUGGGUGUAAGUUUCAGGUUAGGUGAAAAAAUAUGUAGGAACUAUUAAUUAUGACCACAAAACAAAAUAGCUUUUGUUAACUUACUUCUAACUCUUAUUACAUUAUUUAGUUUUUCACCUUCGUGGUACAAUCUGAUGUAGCAAUAAUGCAAACAAAUUUUCUUUAUUCGAUUAAAGAAGUGGUUUGUUUCAAAAUCAUGAUCAAACAUAUGUUCUUUGUAUUCGUUAAACACAGAACCAUGCACGUUUAAGAUCAAUUUUGUCAUUCAUUUAGCAUCGUUCAAUUUUUUUGAAUUAUACCUAUAUAAUUCUAAUUUCGCUUUCAGCAAUUUUGCAAAUAUGAAUGACGCCUUUAGAAGGUUGAAUUAAAAAAAAAUUUGAUAUGCUAUAAUUUUUGUGUCUUAUGAAUGUACAUUGUAAAUUAUCACAUUCAAUUGCACACAAACAUACUAUGUCACAAUCUAAUGUUUUCUUAACUUCUUAACUACAAACCCAGCGAUAUAGUCAACAACAUCACAAACAUAAGGUGGCUGUUUUUGAAAAGCUUAAAUUAUUUACAGUAUAAUCAUGGUUACUAGUUAUUAUUUCCCUAUUAUUUUCAUCAGUUAUAAAGUUGUCAAUGAGUUGAUGAUCAACAGUUUUCAUUUUCACAGUAUUUGUUGUGCUCAUUGCUAAAAUUGUGGAAGGUGCCUUUUCUAUACAAUUAGCCUGGGUAGAUCCUGUAACACUUGGGUGCAUUAAGAGUCUUUUAUAGGCAUUUUUAAAUUGUUUUGCCGUUGGGUUGUUGUUGUAACCUCCAUGACUCCUAUAAUAGAACUAAAGAAAACUUCUAAGUGAUCCUGAGAAAGUUUAUAGGCCGAAAUAUACUUCAGGCCUCCAUCCAUAUUAUCCUCUUCGUAAUUUUUCCAAAUUCGCAUUAGUGACUUUAAAUUAAUGAUCAUACCAAUAAAACCCGUUUUUCUUUGGCUUAGAUGCAGUGGUUCACCAUUGUUGGAAUAUUUGAGUGAAUUAAGAUACUUUAUAAAUUCUUCAAUUUUUUGAAAAAUCGCUUUUUUAUUAUGUUGCUGUAAACUGGAUUUUAGGUGUUUCCCCCUUUUUUUUGUCGCUGCGUACAAUUAAAUGCUCUGCAAGAUAACACCAAAAUUAAAAAAUUAAUGUACUGGAAUUUUUUAAAUUGGAACACUUUAAAAAGUUUACAACGCCUUAUUAUAAACACUUCUAAUCUCUAACGUUUCUGCCGUAAACUGACGUCACGCACAGCUGUGUGAAUCGUUUUAUGUUGGCUUCACUCUUCGAGACGAGAGAAUAGCAUUACGGCGGGUCUAUCAGUUUUUAUGGUCUAAGGUUUUCAAUAUAGCCUCAUAGAUCAGAAUUGUUGCAUACAUUCCUGAAUAUUAUAAACCAUCAAAAGGGGCAAUAAAAUUUACAAUGGAAAAGGAAUACAAUAACCUUUUGCCUUUUCUCGAUGUUUUAGUCUCAAAGAAGGAUACUGGAUAUGAGACUCAGUGUAUAGAAAACCAACACACACCAACAAAUAUCUCAAUUACAAAUCAAAUCACAACAUCAACGUUAAAAAGGGAAUCAUUAAAUCAUUAUAUGAUAGAGCCAAAAUUACUUGUUCUAACGAAAAUUCAUUUUUAGAAGAAAAACAAUUGUUAACAUCUGUGUUAUUAAAAAAUGAUUAUCCUUUAUCGUUUAUAAAUCAGGAAUUGUCAAGAAUGGAUCGAAUGGAACAGAACAACUUAAAACGGGAUCCUACAACAUUCACAAGAAAUCAUACGAGGAAAAUAUCAAGAUCAUAUAUGAAAGGACUAUCCGAGAAACUUAAAACAAUGGGAAAUAAAUUCAACAUUUCAACAACAUUCAAAACAACAAAUAUAUUGAGAUCUAUUCUAUCUAAAACUAAACCUAACAAUGAACAAGAAGGAACAAAGAAUUGCAUUUGACCAUUAAACGUUAGAAUAAGUGAACAUCAGUCUUAUAUUAAAAAUAGAGAAUUUGAUAGAUCUCAAAUAUGUCAACACGCAUGGGAUAAUGAAUAUAGAGUUCAGUGGAGAGAUUCAAGUAUAGUCCUGAAAGAAUUAGAUAGUAAAAAGAGAAAAAUCAAAGAAGCGGCUCUAAUUAUGCUAAAUGAAACCAAUUGUGUCGCAAAUCCCUCGGUAGAAUGCAGUAGAAUGUGGUUACCCAUACUGAAAGAGGAAGUCAAUAGAAAGAAUAUACCACGAUUGUAAGUCAAUAACAUUUCGAGUUCGUACAUAUUUUAUGUUUUGGUAUUACUUAUUGUAUAUCUAUGUAUUAUUAAUAUUAUUUAUAAUUGAAGCUAUUAAUGCAAGAAGGUGUUAACCAGCAAAUUACAUAAUGUGAGAUAAUUAAGUUCAAAGUUUAUUGACUAGAACUUUUUUGCUAAUAAUUCAAUUUGCAUUUUACAAAAACAAGUGUUAAGUAAAUGAAACCACAAUUUUUUGAGGAUACAUAUAGUCCUAUAAAUCAAUAAGACUAAGAGAGUUUUUAUAAAAAUUACGAAAAAAAUGUAAGUUAACACCUUUUUGUACAAACAUAUUUUUACAUUUGAGAAUCAAAUAACACAUAAAAAGGAGUUCAAAAAAGUUUAUUGUUAAAAAAACUAGAAAAUUUGUGUAACUUAUAGUUAAUAAAAAAAGGAUUUAAUUAUCGUCUUCUUUUCUGAGGCCAUGGUAAAAAGUCCGGAAGUUUUCUGGAAUGUAUGGCAUUUGCUGUUGAAUAUUUUCAUAUUUUUUAGAUGCUAUUGGCCUACUUUUAUUCACUGGCCACAAGAUUUCACCUCUACUUGAAGUUGACUGGCGCGUUGCAGUUCCUUUACUUUUUAAAAUGGAAACUUCUUUCCAAUUGUCAUCAUCAUUUAGAGAAUAUCUGUACUUUGUUUUACCAAAUUCCGUAAUUUUUAUCCACUUUACAUUCUUUAAAUGAUAUUUUUUCACCAUUGUCAGCUUUUUUUUAUUUAUUAGUUUCAAUUUAUUAGGAAUUGUUUUACAUCCACAAACUUAUAUUCCAUUCUAAUAAUAUGAAAAGGAGUUUUUCUCCUGCACUGUACCAUGGUGUUUACAUACUCAUCCACUGUGUAAAUAUUCUGAUGCUUUCUUACUUUUUCGAAAGCAAACAAAAUCCCGGUCGGAAUCCAUAAAUAUAUAGCCCACUUCAGGGAAUUUUUUAUGUUCUAUUGUAUCAAAAACACCUUGUUUUAUCAAGUAAUGCCAAACACAUAUAAUAAACCAGUUUUUGUUUUGACCACCUGCUGAGUCACUCCAGACUACAAGAUGUUUUUGCUGUGGUUUCAGAGUGGUUAAGAAUGCUAGCAUGCAACUUCCAACUUCCUCAGGUCCACGACCUCCCUUGUCUUCUGUCCAAAGAUGAAAAUACCCCUUGCCGUUUGGCUGGUUUUUGUUAAUAACGUACACUCCUAAGUUAUAGAGCCAUACCUACCUUAAAUAAAAAGCAGUCUAGUGGAGAUUUUAGGUAAUGGAAAAGUUUUUUGCAUGUCAAAAGUAAUGUAUAGGUAUAACAUCAGUUUUAGCCAACUUCAUAUCUUUUUUUUUUGUUCUUCAAAGGCUUCCUUAAAUUUCUCAGAAUGUCCAUCUGUUGCUUUACCAGAGUCGCAGACUUUACGAGUAUCCGAUCGGGGAGUACCAAAUCCCAAGUUAAAAUCUUUAACAAAUAUUCUCCUGUACAUUUCUUCUGACACAACAUUCUCCAGUUUCCUCCUGACACAGUACGCUUCGUAUAACUCGAACAUCUUAUUUACUGAUAAGGUGGGUGAUAAAUACAGCCGAGAAGGGUUCUUAUUACGAGCAUAGUGGGACAUUUCUGCUGAGAAAGACUUAAUAUGUUCAUGAACAAUCAUUUUGGUUUUUGCUCGUAUUGCUUUUGGCCGAUUGUGAUGACGACCUCUUUCGUCCUUUUUUGCAGUUAAUUUAUCAGCUGUUAUUUGAUUUCGAAUUAAAUCAAAUUUUUUAGACCAAUAUUAAGCAUAGAUAAAACUGCGUCUUUACAAACCUUCCAAGAUUCUUCAUCUAUUUAAAAAAAUAUUCGUAAGAAUUUGUGCAAACAGCAUGUAAAGUGGGCCUCUUUACUCCAAUAGGUUUCAUCAAACUAAACAAGUACAGAUUUUUGUCGUCAUUUUGUAGAAUAAUAAAUAGUAAGCUUCUAUCUUCAUCCGUAAAACGUGAAUCACAUUUUAGUCGACAUUUUUCUUUACACAACAGCUUACCUACACUUGACUUUUUAGCUGACUGCACCUGACCUUUAUAGUUUAUUUAUGAUUUUCCAGCAGCCUUGUUGUUCUUUUUUUUUUCAUUUCUCAUCUCUCACAACAAAAUAAUUGCACCGAAAACAAACACAACGGCAUGUAAUAACACCUGAUAAACAAUUAAUGCUUGAUUUACCGCGCAAAAAUAGGCAGAUUUUCUUCUGCAUAUUCUGCAAAAAGGUGUUAACUGCUCUGUUGACACCUUCUUGCAGAUACGUCGAGAGUUAUCACCUUUAUGCACUUCAGGUUCUUUGAUAAUGGGAUAUUAACUCCUUUUUUAUAUACAUUUUUAGGGCUAUUAAUGCCAUCUUUUAACAAAAGGCUUUACUACUUAAUAGAAAUGGAUGUUAACACCUAUUUGCAUUUGAUAAGAUCAAAUUUACAAAUAUGUAAGUUAACACCUUCUUGCAUUAAUAGCUUCAAUUUAAACCUAUUAAGGUCAGAAUUUGGUAUUAGUUUUUGAAAGUAAAUUAAAUGUAAGACCAAAUACUUACGAUGUCGGAAUAGUAUCACGAGGUUUUUUCCUGGUUUUCCCUCGUGAUUUACUAUGGAAUUUCUAACGCGAGAAUUUUACUGUCAUCGUUGCAUUUGGUUGUCUUUUUAAAGACAGAUCACAUGCUAUGAUUUUUUUUGUGACGGAUAUUCUUGAGUUGGGAUUGAUUUCAUGUAAUCGAAUGAACUAUCUUUUAGUAAAGUCGUCUCAGGAACGCAACUCAUAAAUAUUGGCGAUAUUAUUUUAAAGUCUUCUACUUUAAAAUGUAUAAUAUACGUCUGAAUUGCCAAUAUAAAUGAGUCAGAUUAAAUAAAUUAUUAGAAGAAUUUUUUUACUUUGCAACAUUUUUGUUUAAUUUAGUAGGUAGUAUUUUGUAUUUUGACAACGAUACCCGAUUUGGGCGUCGAAACGUUAAUAAAAUUAUUUUUUCAAUUUAAUUGUGGCUUAUUUCCCAUAUAAAUAGUUAAUCAUAAAAAAUGCCCCAAGGAAAUAGCUUCAGAACAGCAUCAAUAUUAUUAUACAUAUCAAUAUUUGCCGGAAUAUUAAUAUUUAAAAUAUUUUACUGAAAAAAUAAAUAAAUAUAAAAUAAAAUUUUACUAUACAAUGUCCGAAUAUACCAACGACAUAAAACAUUUAUAUUUAGGUACGUCAUUGAAAAAUAGGUACCUACUAACCUAGAAUUACAAUUGUCAUUUUAUCCGUUGAUGUUGUGAAAGUACUGUCAAAACCGAUUACAGUACGACCAAAUUCACUUUGUAUUUGUGAUUUGGAUGCGCACUGGUAUUGGUAUUCGGUUUUUUCCAAAUUUUCUAGUAAAAUACCCGUACGAUACCAAAAUAAAAUUCAGAAAAUGUGGAAAAAUAUAUAAUGGACAAAUGAAAUACAAGUCAGGUAUCGAGCACAGUUAUUUAUUAAAUCUUGCCCUACGUGUUGCUACCUACUAUUUAUAUGUUCACAUUAAAUACCAACGAAAAUGCGGUUUGAGACACAAACAAAUAUGAUUGAUUUUCUUAUAUUGUCAUGAAAUCGUUGAAUAAUGCUAAAAAAGCAAAUGCUAUUAAAGUACCAGCUAUUUUACUGAUAUUUUCCUUUAGCAGUAGCAGAAGCAACAAACUACUUUAACAAAAUAGCGGGUCUGACAUAUCUUUAGUUCCCCUAACAAAAAUAUAUUUAUAUGGAAUUCUAGAAUGUUUAUGUUCAGAUUUAUUUAUAUUCAUUUGUUUAUAUUUAUUUAUAUUUUCUUUAUAUCAUUUUAAUUUUGUGACAUAAAAAAGGUCCCAUACCUAGUAGCCCGUUUACUAACGGUAAAAUAUUGCAAAACCUGUAAAUCUUAGCUAACAUGUCACAGAAAAAAAGUGAUAUUGUGCCCUUGGGGUGAGUUUCACCUCUUCUCGGGGGUGAAAAAAUAUACGUUCAAAAUAAGUCCGGAAAUGGAUAAACUGACUAAUUCUAAGCAACUUUUAUUUUAUAGCGUUUUUUCAAUAAGUUAAUACUCUUCGAGUUAUUUGCGAGUGAAUAUGUUCAUUUUUCAACCAAAAAAAAAACACGUUUUUGGACGGUUUUUCGCAUAUAACUCAUAAAGUAAAUAUUUUAUCGAAAAAAGCAUUCUCAGCAAAAAUAUAGAUGAUAAAAAAGUGAAAAAAAUGGUGUAUGACUAAGGUCUCUAGACCUAGUACAAGGAGAGUUGUAGCUAAACAAAAAUAUGUAUAUUAUCGUCAAAUUCCAAAUCGAAUAUUUCAAUGUGAAAUAACCAAAAAAAUGAAGCAGCAACUCCUGAGAAGGGGUGAAACUUAUCCCCAUGGGAAAAGCAUACAUCGGCACAAUAUCACUUUAUUUCUUUCACAUAUUAGCUAUGUGUAUGUCAAAUUUCAUGUCAAUUAAAGCGGUUCUUUAAAACAUGGAGCAAAAGUCGUGAGGAAGUGGACUAUAAUAUAGGUACAUUUGAAAUGCUUAGGGAAUAAUAACUUAUCUUUAGGUAAUAAGUUUUACUUUUUGCUGUAAUAUUUUAAAAAUGGUUCAAAAUUUAUUUGAAAUAAACGAACUUAUUUCUC